AUGUCUGACUCUGAAAAGGGCGCAGCUGUCAAUUAUCGAGUGGAAAGAGACAUGGCUCCCAAGCAGGGGACUGAAGUUGACACCGUCCACCAGGAUGAGGCCAUGAAAGUCUUGGAGGCCUAUGGCGGUGAUGAGGCCUGGACCGAUGCGGAGGAGAAGAAGUUGCGUCGCAAGAUUGAUUGGAGUCUUAUGCCUGUUCUAUGUGUAACAUAUGGGCUUCAGUACUACGACAAGGCCAUGCUUUCCCAAGCAGCUUUGUUCGGACUCAGAGAAGAUCUAGGCCUUCUCACCGGUGAUCGCUAUGCCAUGUCGGCCGCUAUUUUCUAUCUCGGCUUCAUCAUCGGAGCGUAUCCAGCAAUGAUGCUCGCUCAAAGAUAUCCCAUCGAACGAGUUGCUUCCGCUAUUGUUACAAUUUGGGGUGUCUGCCUCAUGUUGACUGUGGUGUGCAAAGACUACAAGACACUCUAUACACAACGGUUCUUUCUUGGCUUCUUGGAGAGCGGUAUCAGUCCUAUGUUUAUGAUGAUAGUUGGAAGUUUCUAUAAAAAGAAUGAACAAGCAAUGCGCAUGGGUAUCUGGUACUCUUGUACUGGUUACGUCUCCAUCAUCUCCCCUAUCAUUAACUACGGAUUUGGUCAGAUCAACGGAGGAGUAUCCUCUUGGCGAUAUAUGUACUACUUCUCCGGCGCCCUGACCAUCGUUUGGGGAAUAAUUCUCGUCUUCGUUCUCCCUCCUGAUCCUGUCCGCGCCAAGGGCUUCAACGAGAGGGAAAGAUAUAUCCUGGUCGCGAGACUCAAGACCAACAACUCUGGUGUCCGCAACACCCAUCUCAAAGUCGCUCAGAUCUGGGAACUCUUGCUUGAUCCCAAGUUCUGGAUUGUGUUCUCUAUCGCUUUCUUAUCUAUGAUUGCCAAUGCCCCGAUUUCGACCUUCGUUCCUAUCAUCAUCCAUGGUUUUGGCUUCAGCACCCUCAACUCUCUGCUGCUUAUGAUGCCUUGUGGCGCAUAUGCUGGAACACUCCAGCUUCUGUUCCCUUACUUGGCCUACAGAUACAGGAACAACAGGUCCUAUCUGGUUUUUAUUGCUCAGAUGGGCACUGUCCUCGCUGCUUUGUUGCUCUGGCUUCUUCCACUCUCAGCCACUGGGGCUCUCCUCUUUGCUGUGUAUAUCCUCCCAUCCGUGGGUGGUGGCUACGCUGUUCUCAUGGGUCAUCAAAUUGCCAACACUGCGGGAUACACCAAGAGAUCUGUCGCAUCGUCUGGUCUCUAUAUCGGCUACUGUCUUGGUAACUUCGUUGGUCCCCUUUGCUUCAAGAAAGGAGAUGCACCUCGCUUUGGGCCUGGCUUUAUUGCUGUCGUCGUUACUUCUAUUAUUGCCGGUCUUCUUGCCCUUGUUUACCGUUGCCUAUGCAUGUGGUCCAACAGCAAGCGCGACAAAUCUGGCACCACCGAAGGAUUUGAUCAUGCUUAUGAGGAUGACCUCACUGAUAAGAAGAACUCGUCGGCAACUGGCUCCACUUCAGUAAUCGACCGCCGAAACGAAAGCGCGCUGAAGCUGUUUGUUUCUUUUGUCAUUCAAAGAAGAUCAAGUGCGAUUUGCAGCCGCAGGUACGUAACUCCUCGACAUCCAGAGGACUGUAGUAACAGUAAGGUUCAAGGUGAUGAUGUGGCAGAGGAUAAUCCAGAGCUACCUGAUGCGACAGAAAUCGACUUUGAUAAGAAUGUAAUUGGUCCAGGCAUGGGUAACACGCCAGCGCCUGUGCAUGCUACACCAACUCACGUCGCGUUCAACAUACCUUCGGCUGAGCGCGCUCCGGAUACUGCGGUAAACCAUUUGACCAAGUCAAGCACAUCUCCGACAGAAGGUGCUGGCUGCAGUCAUGCAGGAGACGUCGAUACGGGCUUCCUUCAGAUCUACGGACCUGAGAAUCAACUUGAAGCAGAGCAGCAAGAACUUGUCGCGAAUCUCGAGCUUCGUAAUCCAGCAUCAGACCCCCGACAACAAGAGUUACAACAGAGCUUUUCAGAAACAUAUUUUGAGUAUUGCUACCCAUGGUGUCCUGUACUCGAUCAUGAAACUCUUGACUCUGAACUUGCGCGGUCGCCUAUGCUUUCGAAUGCACUUGCGCUCGCCGCGAGUCAUAUCCAGCCUCCUUUGAUACCUCACCAAGGCCCAGCAGCCUACUACGAAAAAGCGAGGAUGAUGUUUUAUAUGGAUGAAGAGCCGGAUAUACUUACUUCUCUCAAGGCUGUCUCUUUGUUCUACUGGUGGGCACCUCGCCCACCUUCGACAGCACAUCGACAUGCAAGCUGGUGGUGGACCUCUGUCAUAAUACGGCAUGCACAGCAGAUGAACAUCCACCGCGAGCCGAAACAAAGUGGCGUGGCUUCGAGCGCACUCCACUUGAGCUUGCGCCGGCGAUUAUGGUGGACUGUAUUUGCACGAGAGAGAUUGACGUCCCUCUGCCAAAGCAAACCCUGCAUCAUUUGCCCCGAAGAUAUGACGAUACAGGAAGUGCAACCCUCAGAUUUCCCAAGCGAUCCGGCAUCACAGAAGAAAGGUCGAAUAUUCAUGUACUGGGUCCGUCUUUGCGCUAUAAUGGGCAAAGUGUCAAAAGCACUAUCAAAGUCAGUGGACUCGUCUUCGGAAAUCCCAACAUUCCCCACGGAGCUUAGGCAAGAGCUUGUCACAUGGGUUCAGUCGCUACCGUCAGACCUUCAGCUACCGAUAGGCUCCAGUCGAACAGAAGGGUUCGAUCGAGAUGUCCAUCAAUUGCAUCUCCCAUACUUGACAACGAUCAUUGUGAUGCACUUGCAGAGAACAACACCGGACUUGCCGCAAGCUCUACCGCCCGCUAUCUUAGCUGCUUCAUGCAUCGCCAGAAUUCUGAGGGAUAUCUUGUCACGUGGUAACGCUCGGUUUCUCAUGGCAAUUACCUGCUGGUAUAGCGGUACAGCCUUCAUAGCGUUAUUACAAGCAAGUCGAAUUGAGCAGUUCUCCCAAGAAGCAGAAGAGGGCUUGGACAUUCUGGACCAAGCAGUCGGACAGCUCCAGCAAAUGUGGGCUUCUGCCAAUGUCAUCAGACAAGGCUUUGAACGAUUGCGCGCGCUACCUCGAAGUAUGAUGCAUACUGGUAAAGGUAGAGCGACAGCGUCCAAUGGCUCCAGCGAUGGGCCAUCGAAUGACUUUGACUGGAAGCUCUUAUUUCCCUUCGUGACUAGGUCCACAAGUCGGAUUGCGGAUUGUCUGCUUGCCGAUGAUGAGUUUGGAACGACGGCAACCGCGCUACCGUCCCCGGAGAAUGCUGUUCUUCACGAAGACCUGCUCAAUCGAUAUCAUGAUCUGCUUGAGCCAUUUGUUGAUUAUAAUUUUGACUUUUCAAAUAUUAAUCUUGAUAUCCUAUCGUAG